ACUCUGUUCCAAGAGUCCCGGUGGAAGGACGGGUUUUCUCUUUAGCAAAAGUAUUGGAUGAUGAGGGCUCGCAGACACUGUUUUGGGAAGUGGAGGCAGUUCUGAACGACAGACGCACAAAUGCCUCUGAUCAGCCCAGUGACCUUGAGGCCUUCAUGCCAAACCAUAAUCUUCUGCUAAAGGGAAAAAAAACCCAAAACAUCCUUCCAAGGAACGGACGUGCGUGGAGCGAGGGCCCGUUCAUCGCUGCUUGCAGCUUUAAUUGUUAUUAGUAGUAGUAGUAGCAGUAAUAGGAGUAAUAGGAGUUAGUAGUUGUAGUAUUAAGCUGCUUUCAAGGAGGCAGAAAAGUUUGCUGAUAUUUAUUUUGAAAAUCCAACCGGAGGUCGUACUCAGUUGUACUUCCGGUGGGUAACAUGCUAACUUUUUCUGUCGCGUCACCACGAGAUAAAGUGAGUGAAGCAGCGGUGUCUGCAGGUCCGGACCGACUUGUUUCAGCCCGUCCGGAUGUUUCACCGCAGACUCGUCUCCUGUUAGCACAGAAUGCUAAAGGAUGCUAGCGUAGCCGAGGAGCAGGAAUUAGACGGAGCCAGAAGUGCUAAUCGGAGCAGCUUUGUGCUGAACAAACUGUGAUUCUCACGGAGACAACACGUCCGGAUUAACACGUCCUGUGUCCGAGUGGACUCUGUGCUGUGACUUUAUUCAGCAUGUUUGACAUCUGAAUCAUCUCCUGGUGUCCCGCGGAGCUAAUAGCUAACUUAGCUCUCCGCAGGAAGUAGACGGAGCCGGACGUGAUGUCGCUGCUGUGAGUCAGUGAAAAUGUCCAACACAGUUCUGGACGCGGUUCUGAAGCCUGAGCAUCAGAUACUCACAGCAGACGUCCAGCAGCCGUUGGUGAGUACAGAAGAGGAUCCUCCUGAGCAGCAGGACUGGAUCUCAGAUCUGGACCAGGAGGACCCACCAGAACUGCCACACAUCAAAGAGGAACAGGAGGAACUCUGGACCAAUCAGGAGGAGGCUGAUGUCAUCAACGUCACUGUGAAGAGUGAAGAAGAUGAUGAAGAAUCCUCACAGCUUCAUCAGAGACAAACUGAACAGGUGGAAGCAGCUGAUGGAGACGACUGUGGUCGACCAGAACCAGACAGGAACUUUGAUCCAGAGAGUUGUUUACAACCUGAGACCGACUCUGAACCUGAUUCUUAUGACGGUUGUGAUUGUGAGGAGUCCAGGGAACCUCAGUCAGGUUUAAAGUCACUGCAGAACAAUGAAGUACCUGUAGGUGAAGUGGAGUGUAAUUCUGGGGCAACAUCAGUUAGCUCCGCUGAAUGUAGUUCCAGGUCGGACCACAAGAAACACAACCAAGUCCAAACAGGAGCGAAAGAAUUUAGCUGCUCAGUUUGUGGUAAAAAAUACCCCCGGAAGAAAUCUUUGACGACUCACAUGAGAAUUCACUCAGAGGAAAAAUGUUUCAGCUGCUCAGUUUGUAAGAAGAAAUUCCAGUGGAGAGCUCAUGUUGUGAUGCACAUGAGGAUCCACACCGGAGAGAAACCCUUCUGUUGUCACGUCUGUGGUAAAAGCUUCACGCAGAGCUCGGCACUGACUUCACACGAAAGAGUUCACACGGGAGAGAAACCGUUCGCCUGCUCAGUGUGUAAAGCCAGUUUCAAUGUCAAAAGCACUUUGUCUCAGCACAUGAGGAUGCACACUGGGGAGAAACCAUUCACUUGUUCAUUUUGUGAUAAAACCUUUGCACACAAGGGAACUCUGACGAGACACUUGAAUGUCCACACAGCAGAGAAACCCUUCAGUUGUUCAGUUUGUGGUAAAAAAUUUGCUCAGAAGGGAACUCUGAGGCGACACUUGACCGUCCACACAGGAGAGAAGAGAUUCAUUUGUGACGUUUGUGAUAAAAGAUUCAGUCAGCUCUCGUUUCUGAAAAAACACAAGUGCGUCUGUGAGAGCAGCAGAAGUUAGUGAAGCUGCAGAGAUGUUUGUUGGGUCCUUUUUCUUCAGCAGGAUGGAAGUCUCAGCGUUGAUCAGUUCAGAACCAGCAGAGGCAGGAAUGGUUUCAUAUGAACAUAUCCGGUAAUUCAGUAAUAUCAUUAAAAAUGUUUCCAGCUCAUUUAUGCACGAAACAAACAGAACAAAAAUAAGUAAAUGGGUAAUUUUAUUGAAAGAACACCUGAAAAACACCUGAGACUUCAUUUUCUUUUCAUGUUUUAUAAUAAAACAACAGGUUGUUUGAAUGAUUACUGCUCCUGAGUCAUCUGUCAAUAUCUGUUGUUUAAUCAGUUACUUAACACUCCACAGAACUACGUGUUCUCACAGUCACAGACAGAAGGAAAGUGUCUUAUUUAAGAACAUUUAUAUUGUAAGAUAUGACAAUAAUCCUCCGGUGUUACCAUGUGAGCAAAGUCUCUUAUUUUGAAAUAAAAAUCACACUGAUGACAUCACUUCCUGAAGCAGUAUGAGGAGAGCGCCUGGUUCAGUUCACUGUCUUUUUUUAUUUAUACUGAACAACUGGAAAUGUACCAAACAUAUAAGAUCUGAUGGAGGAUAUACAAACAGCACAAGACUGAGUAAACUCAACUGAGAUGAGGAAAAGGUCAAAUCUAAUACAAGAGGGAGGAUUUCUAUAAAGAUAAGUAAAGUUUAUGGUGCUUUUUCAGUCACAUUCCCAGCUCAUCAAAUAAUCAGACAAAGAUCCACUUUUCUUACAAUUCCAACCUUUAAGAUAAUAUCUUAUUCAUUAGGCACAAAAAAUCUAAAUACGAAGUGGAGCAGAGACAUGAAAGAUCCAGAAUAAGGACCAUUUAUCAGAACAACACUGAAGGAAGAUUUAGGACAUUUUGCCCUUCAAAAGUGGAUGUUUCUGAUAAAUGUGGACAAAUAAGAAUAAAAACCUUAUGUUUAUUUAUUAGACAGAGUUUUCCAAAGUAUCUAUGAGGUCUUCAUAUUCGUUCUUGUUCUAUCUAACCUUUAAAAUCACAAAAUGACACAAUAAAUAACUUAAAAAUAAUGAAUUACCGCUUUCACCGCCGUGCUGCAGGUAGUUUGUCCGAGUCGUGUUGCCGUACCCAGCUGUCAAAGAUUGUGGAGAUACUGCGCAUGCGCCUGUCUCAUCGGUCAGUGACACCGGCGCAGCUUCGGUAGAAAACAAACAGUUUUCAUGUCUGAUCACGGACAGAACCGCCGGUCCAGACUCUGUACUGCGACUUUAUUCAACAUGUUUCACAUCUGAAUCAUCUCCUGGUGUCCCGCGGAGCUAAUGAGGCUAACUUAGCUCUCCGCAGGAAGUAGACGGAGCCGGACGUGCUGUCUGUGGAGGAGAAGUUCUGCUGUGACUCAGUGAAAAUGUCCAAAGUCCAAACGCUGAGAGUUUUUGUGAAGCAGCGACUAACUGCAGCUGCUGAAGAGAUAUUCGAGCUGCUUGAAAGAACGAUAGCAGAGUACGAGGAGGAACUGUGUCGACACCGGAAACUACUGGACGCUGUUUUACAGCCUCAGGUCCAGUUACACAGAGCAGACGUCCAGCUGCUGUUGGUGAAUGAAGAAAAGGUUCCUGAGCAGCAGGACUGGAGCUCCAGUCUGGACCAGGAGGAACCACCAGAACCGACCCACAUUAAAGAGGAACAGCAGAAGGAGCUCAGUCAGGAGGAGGAUGAUGUCAUCAAGUUCACGUUCACUCCCGUCCCUGUGAAGAGUGAAGAAGAUGAUGAAGAGGAGCCUCAGUCCUCACAGCUUCAUCAGCGACGAACUGAACACAUGGAAACAGCUGAUGAAGAGGAUUCUGGAGGACCAGAACCAGAUUUACAUCCAGACACUCACAACACAACUCUGGAUUUAUCUGAACUUGAGAACAAUGACAGUGAGGAUUUGAAGUCGGGUUUAAACCCUCUGACUGAUAUCAGUGGACGUAACGCUGGUGAGAAAUUAUACAGCUGCUCUGCGUGUGGGAAACAAUUCACCCUGAACUCAAACCUGAGAACACACAUGAGAAUUCACACGGGAGAGAAACCAUUCAGUUGCUCGUUCUGCAGUAAAAGAUUUACACAGAAGGUAACUCUGAAGCAGCACCUGGCGCUGCACACGGGGGAGAAACGCUACAGCUGCAGCGCCUGUGGCGACAGAUUCACGUGGCAUUAUCAGCUCAAAAACCACCAGUGUGUCAGCCGUCAGUCGUCACAGCUUCAUCAGAGACAAACUGAGAACAGAGAUACAGGACAUUUAAAAACUGAUGGGGAGCACUGUGGGGGAGAAGAACCAGCCAGGAACUUGAAUCCAGAUAAUAAUCUACCACCAGCUACUCAUGACAAGACUUCCUCUGAGCCUGAGACUAAUAACAUCUGUGACUGGGAGGAGACCAGGUCCAGUUUAAACCCUCAGAACAACGAUGUACCUGUAAGUGAUGUUGAAUGUAAUACUGAAAAAACAUCAUUUAGCUCUGAAUGUUCUACAAGCUCUGACCACAAGGGAGGUCGGCAGAAACACGAUGGAGUUCAAACGGGAGUGAAACCAUUUAGUUGUUCAGUUUGUGGUAAAAGAUUCUCCCGCAAGAAAUCCUUAAUGGCUCACGUGAGACUUCAUUCGGAAGGCAAAUGUUUCAGCUGCUCGGUUUGUAAAAAGACCUUUCAGCGGAGAGCAGAUGUCGUGAGGCACAUGAAGAUCCACACGGGGGAGAGACCCUUCAGCUGCGCCGUCUGCGGCACUCGCUUCGCACGAAAGGAAACUCUCGGCGAGCACAUGAGGAUCCACACCGGGGAGAAACCCUUCUGUUGUUCCGUCUGUGGCAGAGGAUUCACAACAGACUCAAAUCUGACUCGACACGUCAGAGUUCACACGGGAGAAAAACCUUUCACGUGCUCCGUUUGUAAGGCGAGUUUCAGCGACAGAAGCAAUUUCUCCAAACACAUGAGAAUUCACACCAGGGAGAAACUACCAAACUGUUCAGCUUGUGGUAAAAUAUUUGGAGGAAGGGGAAUUCUACGACAACACUCAACUGUCCACAUGGGAGACAAUGUUUAGCUGAAGGAGGCCUGGGAGAUGUGGCGGAGCUGCUUCGUUGGAUUGUGAGUUGUAGUUGCACCGUGAGAACUGCAGUGUCUCCGGGCUCGUCAGGCAGAACCGGCCUGUCCGCUCUGCCUGGGUCAUUCAUCGUUACAUAUUGCUGUUGUUUUAUCUCCUGGACCUGAGUUGCACAGGUGUGUUGGUGAGAGCUGCUGUGAAGAUUCUUGUUGGCUCAACUCUUCCAGCAGGACUGAAGCACUGACGGCUGGACCGGGCUCGGUACCGACCACCUCAUCAGCUGAUACAGACUCCAAAAUAAGUCGCUCCUCGUCUGCUUGGCUUUGUGUCCGUUCUGGUUUUAUUUGUGUCGACAUAAUUCUGUUGAUUUCCAGAAAACUGUGCCUUUUAAAUUAUAUGUAUUCUCUGUAUUUAAAUGAAUUUGAAUACAGUUCUGAACAAUAUAUCUAUUAUAUAGUUGUCGUAUUAUGAGACUACAUAUCGUCUUGGAUUUUGGAUAUCGAUAUAUCUUGUCUGUCCUGGUUUAAAAGCUGCAUCACAGUUAAAUGAUAAAACUGUUGUUCUUACUCUAAAACUCACCUUGAUGCUCUUUGUCAUUGUAUCAAUAUUAUUGAUAAUUAUUGAUCAAGAGUCUUGUGUUGUUACUUUGUGAAAGUACCAAUAGUAAUCCUUACAACACCGUCGCAAUAUUAAUAUGGAGCUAUUUCAUUUAAAGUGUUGUGAAAUAAAUAAAUACUGUGUCACCUUCGCAGCUCGAUGGUCAACAUGUUUUUGUUUUUCAGAAAUUCAAUAACUUGAAUUUUCUCCCAGUAACAGAAAUGAUGUGUGAUAUAAUGAACUGUCCUGGUUUGAAUUAAAUUUCUCAUUAAAUCUGGAGACAAACUCGGCUGAUGUGUUGCAUUUACCCAGUUGCCUUUAAUGUUUCGUGCUGUUUGUGUUUGUUGUUGUGUUUUAGUUCUGCUCUCUGCUGCAGCUGCUGAUGUGAUGCAGCUAACAGACCCAACGCUUCCACCGUGAACACUUUGCAGCUCUGGCGAGAACAAUCAGCAGCCCUGAGAGAACCAGACUCAGUACCUCGACAGUACUGAUGCUGGUAACCUUACUGCCUUCAUCUGGAGGGAGGCUGUUUUUAAAGUCACAUUUUUAAUUUAUUAAUAAAUCCUUUGUUUGCACUUUUUCCUUCCUUCUUUUUUCCCCAGUUACAUUUGUCACUCCCCAUCAUCCGUCAGACUUUUCUCAUGGUCGUAACACAGUAAAGCCUGUUUUUGUGUGUCGUGCAACGUUUCUUCAGCUGAGUAUCUUCGUUCCAGGACUCUUGUGUGUGAUUUUUCACAUAUCCUCAUGAUGUCUUUUCAAGAUCUCUGCAGACAUUUGAAGACGUUCAGUGAAGAGCCAGAGUGAAAGUUGUUUUGAGGCCAAAUCUUUAGACGUCUUUUCAACUUUCACGAUGUAUAAAGAGCUUCUUAUUGUUAAAAAAUGUGUCCUGUCAUGUAACACUUAGCAAUCUGUAUUACUGAAGCACUUGUUGUUUUAAGAGCCCAUCCACA